GAUUUUUGUAUCCUUCGAACGUUGAACGUUUGUCCGCUUGUUGCUUCUAAAAUCUAAAAUUUUGAACGAAGAGGGGGCGGGGCGGGGCGUUCCUCGCCGACGUCAUCUUGUCGUCGCGGAGCGAGCGAGGAAGCCUCGAAAUGGACGAAAACAACAAGAUGGCGGCGGGCAAAGUGAAGAAGCCCGGAAAACGAGGCCGCAAGCCGGCCAAGAUCGACCUGAAGGCUAAGCUGGAGCGAAGCCGGCAGAGCGCCAGGGAGUGCCGGGCCAGGAAGAAGCUGCGCUACCAGUACCUGGAAGAACUGGUCUCGAGCAAGGAGAGGGCCAUCUGCGCGCUCAGAGAGGAGCUGGACAUGUACAAGCAGUGGUGCUCGGCCAUGGACCAGGGCAAGAUUCCCUCGGAGAUCAGAGCUCUGCUGACGGGCGACGAGCAGCACCAUCGAGGUCCCGCCCCCGCGGGCGUCAGUAAAACGCCCAAGGCCCCCAAGAACAGCGACGACGACGACGACGACGUGUAAGGAAGGCCGAGGCACCGACAAAUGGCCAAGACCGGACUGACGCCAACGUCACACCAAGCACGUUUUUGCCGCCUGCGGGUCAGCCUACGCCACUCAGGCCGAAUACACGCUGGACUGUUCCCCGGCUGAUUGUAUUGGCGACGCUCGCAGUCGCGCUCAACUAACUUUUGAACCGCUUUUCCCAACUGACGUAAAGGAGCAGACGGGAAGUCGUCGUCGCCGCCGCCAAGUCCCCCGACGAGAAUGUGCGGUGUGAGGAUGGAACCGGCGUGAGUCUAUUUUGCACAUACCUCGGGUCGGGUAACCCGAACUUCUCCGGACGAGAAAACUUGUGAGCUCCCGCGAUGCUUUGCUCCAAAUUUGCUGCCGUUGUCGUCGGCAAGCUGACGGAAACACAAAUGUUGGCUGAAUUUGUCAAUUCCUUUUUCUUGUAGCAGCGUGAAGACAUUUGGAUUCAAAUGGAAAAAUAAAAAAAUCUGAGAAAAA